GUGGUCUGGACCUGAAAGCUCAGGAAGCAGCACUUCGACAGCGGCCUGAUAUUGUUAUUGCUACACCAGGGCGAUUGAUUGAUCAGUUGCAUAAUGCACCAAAUUUUUCACUUCACGAUGUUGAGAUUUUGGUUCUGGAUGAAGCGGAUCGGAUGUUGGAUGAAGCAUUCGCGGAUCAAAUGAAAGAAAUCAUACGUUUAUGUGCUCCACACAGGCAAACAAUGUUAUUCUCAGCUACAAUGACCGAUCAGGUAAUUUCCCAAUCGUUUACUUCCUGUGGUACUUUGAGCAAAUGUUGUUAUUGCAUAAAUCGUUAUGUUUCUCCAUCAAUACAAGUUCUAUUGUUUCCACUGUGGACAGUUGCGGGUGAAGGGGAGGGGGGUGUCUGGAUCUGA